AAUGGCUUCUUUGGGCAUACUGAAGGCACUUAAAAAGUUUGAGCCCGAUUAAAUAACACAAAAAAAAUAUUUUUUUUAUCGGUUCCAAGAAUUUAUUACUUCAUGACAUAUGGUACCAAAGGCUCUGACAAUAUUUAUGAACAUUUCUCAACAAUGUAAAUGGCAAAUAUCCAAGAGAAGAGUAUAAAAUAAAUGCUGCAACAACUAAAGAUCCAUUCUAACAUCAAGUGUAAUCAAUCAAUAACAAUGAAAGCCGUUCUUGCUUUAUUUCUGGCGCUUGCCCCCUUCGUCCUGGCAGACGUCCCCACCGGCUGUGUAACUCUUUGGCACAGGCGCUUUGGAAAUUACCUGGCCUCGUCAACGCAGUACGACCCAAAACACCGACACGUCACUGACAGGGAGAGCCCGGAGCGGUGGAAAAUCUUCCGAAGUGAUUACAACUACCGGAUCAUGCACGUGGACCACAACGAGUACCUGUUCGCUUCGGAUUGGAUGACCUAUUCGGGGAAUAACAAUUACGUGUACACCUGGAUUCCCCGAACGAAUGAGGAAUCCGACAAGUGGCAAAUCGAACGGGUGGAUGGCAAGUAUUAUUCGAUUCGCAAUGUCAAACACGGGAGCUGCCUGUUUGUAGGUUCUAUAAGAUGGAUUUAUGCGAAAAAAGCAACGAUGUGUACGAACGAAUUGUUUCAUUGGAACAUUGAACGUUGUUAGAUCCAUGUGAAAAGUGAAAAAGGUGACAAAUUUUGAAAUAAACGUUGCAUUGUGCUUUACAUGGAAAGUAAUAGUCAUGGGUAAUUCCACCCAUGUGUAUUAGACCUCGAAAUCAACUUUUUAUGAUCAACAAAAAAAUAGACAAAAAUAUUACUUUAUUUACAAAAUUGCACUAACAUGCAGUCAAAAUGUUACAAGAAGUAAUUGGAGAAUAAAUCGGAAAUAAAUUGUGGCUCUAUUC